AUGGCUAGCUCAGAUCAAUCCCCUCAGAUAAAGCGAUUACGGCCAAAUAGCCAGCUUCCCCGUGGACCUUACUCAGUUUAUCAGUCCUCCUCCCAUCACGCACUGCCCCUACAAACCAGAGAUUGGAAACCAUCAGCCUUGGACGUUGCUGAAGCUCAACCGGAAUACAAAAGCUAUUUUCAAAAGUAUGGAGCUGAAGAGCUCGUCAAAGGCGUGGAACUGGCAAAAAAGCUAGAACUCAUGGAUGUAUUGCGAAGAUAUAGCACUGAGGAUAUUGAUAUUGGCCUGAAAUUUGCUAAACAUGGUGCUUCCAGUCUGGACUUUUUUGAUGCGUUCAAAGAUUUUGAGCAUAGCCAAAUCUUAGAGUGCCAACGAGCCGUCAUCAAUAGCAAUGUGCAAUCAAGUCACCAGUCUCGGGACUCGGGGUAUUCAUCUCGGCUUUCUUCCUUCCCCAGCAGCUCAAGUUCAUAUCAGCUACCUCUCCAUCAGCCCCCGAAUGUCAACCUGGGGGCUAAUGGAUACUUGAAUGAUGAGCAAACAAUGCCAAUGGACAUAUCCCCGCCUAAUGAGACGCAUUUUCGUCCUCAAAAUUCCGACUCAAAUCAUCGAUCAGAAGUCGUACACAACGCACCAACGGUUUCGACGCCUACGUCAACUUCGUACAACGUCGUAAACCAUAGUAAGACUAUCAAGCCAAAGGCUUGGGCUUGCAAGUAUUGCGGGCGGGAGUUUACGGCACCUGGAUACUGUUGGAAUCAUGAGAAGAGUCAUCACAGUAAGACUAUUAAGCCAAAGGACUGGGCUUGCACGUAUUGCGGGCGGGAGUUUGUGGCAGCUGGAUAUUGUUUGAAUCAUGAGAAGAGUCAUCAUAGCCAAACAAUGACCUGGAGCUGUCCACACUGUCCAUUAGACUUUCCUACCAAGAACGGCUGUGAGCGCCACCACAUCAACAGACACGACCACGAGUCCAUCACUUAUGCGGAUUGCGAAAUCAUAGGGAAGCCAGGACCAAAUUCGAAGCGAAAAACUGCGUGCGCAUGUCCCUAUUGUGGCCAAUUGUUCGAGGGUGUUACCAGCUUUGAUGAUCGCUGCCUGCAUGUAGAGGAUGACCAUUACAAAGUCGAACCGAAGAUGCAAAAAGGCAACUUAGAUUACUCCAGGAUGAUCCAAAGCCUCCUCGGUCGCCGUGAGCUCCGCAGCCGCUGGGCCCAAUCCCUCGCUAGUUUUCAAGAAAGUUGCACCUUAUCUUGGAGUACCGAAGAAGCCAGGAGUCUACUUGAACCUCUUGAGACCGGCAAUUUUCACCUGAAAGACGCCGUAACGUCUCUGCUAGAGCGUGUCUGUGCUUGCGCCAUCAAGAGUUCGAGAACUUCAAGCAGAUCUCACUACAACUCACAAGCAGACGUGCUCUCGGGCUCUACCAUGAGCCGGAAUGUUCAAUCCACGUCUCGUACCUCCGAAGAACGUUCAAGGAUACCAGCUCGGGGCCAGAGCCAAUCUCCGCAAAGAGGACUGCCGAGCAGUGAUAGCGGUCGUACAGUCCCUGACAUGCAUGCUAGUCCGCGGACAAUCCUUUCCUCUAGUAUUGGUUUCAAUCAGUCACAACCGAAUCAUAAGCCGGCAAACAUCCAGCAUGGAAUGAGUCCUUACAGUAUGGCAAGCCAAGGUCCGUCUUGA